AGUACUCACUCGAGUACUCGACCCUCCAGUCUCCACAGUCCACAGUCGACACUCGACAGCUGGGGAGCAUAGAUGAUAGAUUCGUUCGGUUUGAUUCAGUCACGACUCGCGACCAUCACAGUUCUAUAAUUAAGAAUUAUACCAAUUCAAGAUGAACAACCAAACAAGUUCAACUGAUUCAACAUUUAAAAUGCCKAUGGCACCUCCAAUUUAUCCCUCUCAAUCAGAAGCAUUGCUUUUUCAAGACAUUAUAGAGGAGAAAACUAUUGCACUUCACAGUAUAUUGAAUGAUUUUUUGAAGGUGCAUCCUUAUCGUAAAUUUGAUAUUGAAUUUAAUAUGUUUUUAAAACGUGUAAAACGUAUUAUAAUUGAUGGGCAUCGUACUGGUUCUAAUGUCUCUCGGAUUGCCAAUUCAUCACAUAUUGCUCCACUUUACUCUAGGCCAUCAGCAAGUUUCAAUUACAGGCCAUCUACAAGUUUUAAUUAUAGACCACCAACAACUAUGUCUAUGGUUAGCUCUAACGACCAUAGUGCAYUGAGGUUACCAGAAAACAAUUUUCAUUCCAUUGAACCUAUCGAACAUUCAAAUCCAUUUAAACCACCAGAUUGUAUUCAACCUAGAGUGGUAUUAUCUYGUAUUGAACAGUCAAAUUGUAUAUCUCAUGAGUCACCUUCUACAAGUUCCACAGUUAUUAAAGUAAGCSAAAAUAAUAAUGUWACUGUUGAAAAAGAUGAUACUCAUAAAAUUCCUCAACAAUCUAMAUCUUUAUCAAUAAAUCAACCAACUGCUCGUAAUACAUAUUCUGAUGUAACAUUUGAAGAAAAUAAUUCAAUAUCUGAAUCGCAUAAAAAUGAAAACAAAAAUGAUGAUAAUAAUUCAAUAGAAUCACUUCUUGAAGGUGUUGGAUUCAAAAUUAUUGUUGGAUUAACAGAAAAUAAAAAUGARACCGCACAAAAGAGUAAUGCAAGUCAACAUCAURAUAAUCAAUUAWGUGUAUUAGAAAAUGUUGAAAAAUUCUUAUCCAUGUGGUCUUUAAAUAUGAAACUAAUCAAAUCAUCUGAACAAUCAAAUAUUUCAAAAUAUGUUUUAAUUCUAACUGGAAAUUUGUUGGRUGAAGAUAAGCAGACAGUUGUAGAAAAGCGUCAUGAUGCUGGCAUUUUAGAAGGCAGAAAAGAAAAUAGCUUAGUCAAAACCAAAAAUGGACUAUACCGUUUGGUUGGCAAUAUCAUUGGUGGAUCACCUAACGAACUAUAUCAAACAUGCUUAUCUAACAAUGGCAUUCCACGGACAUGGAGAAAAAUUGUGAAACAACUAACUGGGGUUGAAAAUAAAACAAAACAAAUGUUUGAUUUUUCAAUAAGUUCCCCCGCAGGUCCAAUUGGYAGAUCAAUAAAACCUGCUGURAAUCUUGAUGCAAGUAUGACCAGAAAAGGAACAACUUAUAGUAAAAAUAUKACUCUUGCAAAUCACAAUACAAAUAUAAAAAGAAAAUUGUCAGAAUAUGGAGAAACUGAACAUAAAAAAAUUAAACAUCGUARAUUCUGUGAACAUACACCAUUGUUACUAGCAUCCACACCAAAAAAACCCAAAAAACAACCCACUAUGUUUGAAACUCCAAGUSAAAUUUUGAGAAAGAAGAUAAGUCAGAAUCUAAGCAAUAAUCCAAACAAACGGCUAAAGCUGAAUAAUAUUAACGAUUCUAUCCAUAUAAACAAAAAAAGACAAUCUCAGUCAAAAGAACAGACAAACCUAUUUUUGAAGCCRAAAAUACCUGAAAAAACAUUGAUAAGUAAUAACAGUACAAAACAUACCAACCAAACCUCAAUAAAUAACACAAAAAAUAGUAAUGAAAACAGUUAUAGUAGCAGUGGUACAAAAUCAAAAAAUAAUACACUAGAAAACUUAUCUGUGACAAAAAAUGAUACCAAUCAACAACCUAAAAUAAACUCUACCAAUAAUAGUGCAGACAAAUCUAUACUUAAAACAAGUUUACUUUCCAAAUCUAAAGAAAAUUUUAAAGCCAUAAAACAAACAACACCACAAGUACCUAAAAAUAAAACUGUUACAAAACAUGUAAGCAUCGUUAAAGAAAUUAAAAAAAAAAAAAUAUCAGCUUCAGAAAUUUCACUCAAUAAAAGCAAAAACAAAAGCAUAAGUACAAUCAGAUCCAAGACRAAAAAAUGUGAUAAAGGUUUGAAUAGUGUUGUACAUAAAAAGUUGGAAGAAGAUAAAUCUAAAACAAAACAAGUGCAUUGCCCAAACAGCUCAUCGACAGAAGUGGACCUUUUUGGUUGUGUAGACCAUGCUGAUUAUGGYAAUGUAAGUGAUUAUAAUGUUAUGGCAUCUCCGGGCAAAUUAAGUGUAGUGUCAGGUAAUGAUCAAUCUAGGAGUGUGACGCCUCCAUUGUUCAGUUAUCAAUGGAAUUCAACAGCCAAAUCUCUAGCCAUUAGUGAACCACCAACUCCACUGAGUAAAUCAAUUGAGGCCAAAGCUUUAAAAAGAGUCAAACCUCCCAAAAUUACACUGGAAGAUGAAAUGAAAUUCAACAAAAAACAAAAUAAAAAACAAUCAAUUGAUUUCAAAACAGCUUCAAAUAAAAUAAACAAAAUGUUAGAAUUUGGAAAUKAUGAAGAUGAAGAAGAUUAACYACUGUUUUUUGUAUUUUUUUAAACAUUUCUUUUUAUUUACUAAUUUUCAUAA